AUGCUGAACAGAUUUCCGAGUCUCCUUGUAAAUAUAUCCCAACUUCACCACCACUGUUACCGACUCCCACCUUCACCACCACUGUUACCGACUCCCACCUUCACCACCACUGUUAUCCACUCCCACCUUCACCACCACUGUUACCGACUCCCACCUUCACCACCACUGUUAUCGACUCCCACCUUCACCACCACUGUUACCGACUCCCACCUUCACCACCACUGUUAUCGACUCCCACCUUCACCACCACUGUUACCGACUCCCACCUUCACCACCACUGUUAUCGACUCCCACCUUCACCACCACUGUUACCGACUCCCACCUUCACCACCACUGUUAUCGACUCCCACCUUCACCACCACUGUUACCGACUCCCACCUUCACCACCACUGUUAUCGACUCCCACCUUCACCACCACUGUUAUCGACUCCCACCUUCACCACCACUGUUAUCGACUCCCACCUUCACCACCACUGUUAUCGACUCCCACCUUCACCACCACUGUUAUCGACUCCCACCUUCACCACCACUGUUAUCGACUCCCACCUUCACCACCACUGUUAUCGACUCCCACCUUCACCACCACUGUUAUCGACUCCCACCUUCACCACCACUGUUAUCGACUCCCACCUUCACCACCACUGUUAUCGACUCCCACCUUCACCACCACUGUUAUCGACUCCCACCUUCACCACCACUGUUAUCGACUCCCACCUUCACCACCACUGUUAUCGACUCCCACCUUCACCACCACUGUUAUCGACUCCCACCUUCACCACCACUGUUAUCGACUCCCACCUUCACCACCACUGUUAUCGACUCCCACCUUCACCACCACUGUUAUCGACUCCCACCUUCACCACCACUGUUAUCGACUCCCACCUUCACCACCACUGUUAUCGACUCCCACCUUCACCACCACUGUUAUCGACUCCCACCUUCACCACCACUGUUAUCGACUCCCACCUUCACCACCACUGUUAUCGACUCCCACCUUCACCACCACUGUUAUCGACUCCCACCUUCACCACCACUGUUAUCGACUCCCACCUUCACCACCACUGUUAUCGACUCCCACCUUCACCACCACUGUUAUCGACUCCCACCUUCACCACCACUGUUAUCGACUCCCACCUUCACCACCACUGUUAUCGACUCCCACCUUCACCACCACUGUUAUCGACUCCCACCUUCACCACCACUGUUAUCGACUCCCACCUUCACCACCACUGUUAUCGACUCCCACCUUCACCACCACUGUUAUCGACUCCCACCUUCACCACCACUGUUAUCGACUCCCACCUUCACCACCACUGUUAUCGACUCCCACCUUCACCACCACUGUUAUCGACUCCCACCUUCACCACCACUGUUAUCGACUCCCACCUUCACCACCACUGUUAUCGACUCCCACCUUCACCACCACUGUUAUCGACUCCCACCUUCACCACCACUGUUACCGACUCCCACCUUCACCACCACUGUUACCGACUCCCACCUUCACCACCACUGUUAUCGACUCCCACCUUCACCACCACUGUUAUCGACUCCCACCUUCACCACCACUGUUAUCGACUCCCACCUUCACCACCACUGUUAUCGACUCCCACCUUCACCACCACUGUUAUCGACUCCCACCUUCACCACCACUGUUAUCGACUCCCACCUUCACCACCACUGUUAUCGACUCCCACCUUCACCACCACUGUUAUCGACUCCCACCUUCACCACCACUGUUAUCGACUCCCACCUUCACCACCACUGUUAUCGACUCCCACCUUCACCACCACUGUUACCGACUCCCACCUUCACCACCACUGUUACCGACUCCCACCUUCACCACCACUGUUAUCGACUCCCACCUUCACCACCACUGUUACCGACUCCCACCUUCACCACCACUGUUACCGACUCCCACCUUCACCACCACUGUUACCGACUCCCACCUUCACCACCACUGUUACCGACUCCCACCUUCACCACCACUGUUACCGACUCCCACCUUCACCACCACUGUUACCGACUCCCACCUUCACCACCACUGUUACCGACUCCCACCUUCACCACCACUGUUACCGACUCCCACCUUCACCACCACUGUUACCGACUCCCACCUUCACCACCACUGUUACCGACUCCCACCUUCACCACCACUGUUACCGACUCCCACCUUCACCACCACUGUUACCGACUCCCACCUUCACCACCACUGUUACCGACUCCCACCUUCACCACCACUGUUACCGACUCCCACCUUCACCACCACUGUUACCGACUCCCACCUUCACCACCACUGUUACCGACUCCCACCUUCACCACCACUGUUACCGACUCCCACCUUCACCACCACUGUUACCGACUCCCACCUUCACCACCACUGUUAUCGACUCCCACCUUCACCACCACUGUUACCGACUCCCACCUUCACCACCACUGUUACCGACUCCCACCUUUACCACCACUGUUACCGACUCCCACCUUCACCACCACUGUUAUCGACUUUGA